AUGCAGCCGUUCAUUGCUGCAAUGCUCAAGGUACGACAGGCCUUCUAUGCCGCCGCCAUCAGGUCGCUCCUACGCACCAAAUCGCUCUUGAAAAGCAUACUGAGCUUUUGGAUCUCGCCGUCCGUUCUGAAAGCCAAGGACGUGGAGACCGAUGUGGGUAGUCUAUUGCAGACGAGGAUUGAGGAAUUCUUGGAGGAUGUGGAAUGGCGUAUGAGGAACGAGGUGAAGAAGGAGAGGUUGCUGGCCUUCUCGAAGGGACUCAAGGGUCAGCUUGAAGAUAGUUUGCUGGAUAACCAGCAGUGUAUGCUCCCGUCUUACAACCACCAACUUCCGACGGGGCGUGAAUGCGGCACUUAUUUGGCUGUUGAUGUGGGAGGAUCGACCUUCAGGGUUGCUCUUAUUGAACUUUCGGGGAGGGAUGGUGCUGCGCCGGAGAGCAAGAUUUUGAAGAGCAGAUCUGUCAAGAUCAACCAGGCAGUGAAGCAACUGAAAGGUCUGGCCUUUUUCGAUUGGAUGGCGGAAAGGAUUGAAGACACGCUCUCUGGACAGAGUGAGGGCCAGGAGACGUCUGGAGCUCCUCUGGCUAUGGGAUUGGCUUGGUCAUUUCCAAUUGAGCAAACCUCCCUUAGAAGCGGCCUUCUUCAGGGAAUGGGCAAAGGCUUCUUAGCCGCCCAUGGACUUCUGGGUCAAGAUCUCGGGGAUCUCAUCCAAGAUGCCUGUUCAAGAAGAGGACUCAAAGUCCAGCUUAAUGCGAUAGUCAAUGACUCUUCAGCCACCCUUCUUUCAAAGGCCUAUCUUGACCAAACCACUCGGUUCGCUCUCAUCCUUGGAACUGGGUUCAACAUUGCAGUGCAUCUCCCUGUACAUGUCUUCUCCCCCUCGAAAUUUGGAGUCCGUCCGUCAACAUGGCAUGAAGCAGCCAAACAUGUCAUCGUCAACACGGAGCUAUCCAUGUUCGGAGCCGGCAUUCUCCCGUUCACGAAAUGGGACGACUUGGUCAACGCUUCACACCCGCAACCGCAAUUCCAGCCCAUGGAGCAUUUCGUCAGCGGUGGGUAUCUUGGUGAGAUUGUUCGCUUGGUUUUGGUCGACGGGAUCCAAACCGCCGGCGUAUUUGGAGGGGUUGUCCCACCUAGUUUGAGAGAGGAGUACUCGUUGGAUACCGAAACGCUGUCCAAAAUUGAAUCCGACCCCUCUCCAAAUCUCACAGCGGCGCGGCAAAUUUUCCUUGCGCGUCACCCAAUGACUUACCAACCGACAGUCAAUGACCUUCAAGCUCUCCAUUCCAUCGCGUCCAAUGUGGCAUAUCGGGCAAGCAGCGUCGUCGCCGCUGGUAUCCACGCUCUCUGGGAAUUACGUAACGACGCGGAACAUAUCUUAGCCAGCGACUCUGAGCACACCCUCGUGGCCUACAAUGGCUCGGUCAUGGAGAACUAUCCGGGCUUCAGAGCAUCGUGCCAGAGCAAGCUGGACAGCCUGGUGGAGGCCAGUGGUGGGAAGGCGGGGAUGGUGGAGUUGAUGUAUGCGGAGGAGAGCUCACUGCUUGGGGCGGCUGUGGCGGUUGCAUGUUUGGAGGGGUGA